AUGUCACUGAUAGUGUGGGGGUUCCGCGAAAGAGCUUUAGCAGGCAAAGCUAUCGAAGCAGAGGAGGAAGAGCUCCUCGAUUGGGGCGACGCGGACGAAGUGGAAGACAUCGAAGCCGUUCAGGUCACCAUUGAUGAGGAAGAUAGCCCUGCGACGCCGGAUCUGCAGCUCAGGGACGCCAUGGAGGCCUCCGCUCUCGAAUCGGGACCGGCCUCGAUUGCUGCGCUGGCCACGCCGAGAUCUGCGGGAUCCGGUGACGAUGAGAGGCCUGCAGUGGCCAACACGCCUCCCUCUACGGGGACUGCUUCACCUGAGCACAGCAAAGGAGCGCCUCCACCCAAGCUGAAGUCGGUCAUGGUCGUGCCUGGGCAGAUGGAUGCCAGCAAGGAAGCUGAGAAGGCCCCCCUGCCACACAGGGCGCCUCGCCCCAAGCCGCCGCCCAUCCAAGUUGGGGUCAGCUGCUUGGAGCGCGGGGAAAGCUCGGGAUGGCAAAAAGCGGGGAAGAGGCGCUGGCGGAGAAUGGAUGCUGCGCCACAAACGGGGGAUUUUGGGAAGAUGAAGACGACGGCGUGGGAUGCCUCUCGGACCGGUGCUCAGGAGAGCCGGGACGCCUUGAAAAAGAUGCUCGCCGGCCGCUGCUUCCGGUGUCUCAGACCCGACCACAUGGUAGCUCAGUGCAGAGACCCAGUGUGCUGCUUGAUCUGCAAGGAAUCCGGUCACCUUGCUCGCCACUGCAAGAACCGUCGCCACCAGCCAAUCUCCACUUCCUUACGACAAAGACUCAUCUUCCCCUCCGGAAACAUCCACAGCCGAAUAGCCUUUCCGCCGCUGCGCCACCCCACAACUGCCAAUCCACCACCUACCAGCCUCACCUCCCAGCCACCAGCCAAGAUUGCUACCAUUGUCGCCUCUCCGCAUAACGUGUACCGCCCGAGUACCUCGGAGGUUGCCUAUGCGCUGAGCCAGCAGUUGCAUGUUCUUCGCCACAACAUCAUGGUGACCAGCCACAAACCGGGGGGCUUCGUGGUGGAGUUCAAGCUGACACCAGGGGCAGAGAACAUCGAUGGUUGCACUGAGACAGAGGACAUCGGCACCUCCUUCUGUAGGAAGAUGUUUAGAAAGAAACAGGCCAGCCGAUCGAGUACCAGACGACGCAGUACGACACUAGCUCCCACCCGCUCCAGCCUGUGUCUGGCCGCUUGUCCAUCCCCUGUGCCGGUGGCACAUCGAGCCCAGCAAAAGCUUAUGCGCGAGCUGGACUUUAUCAAUGGCGAGUCACCGGCGCCGGAUGCAGCAAUCACAGAGUUUGUUGAAAGUUUCAGACAGGACCUCCCGGAGGAGGCAGUCAAGGCAAUAAGGGUUGUGGCGAAGUUGGGCAACAAGGAGCUCUGCAAGGCCCUAGCUGCAAUAGCAGCAGAGUCAGGGAUGGCCGAGAUGGAGUUUAUUAGCGUUGGGGAGUACAAGACAGUGGCUAAGGUAUUGCCUUGGAGAAUCGGAUGGAGCUUUCUGCAAGCAGGUUGUAGGCAGAGAUGUUCUGGAUGUCGGGAGAAAAUGUUUGGGAGUCGUUUUAGGGAGUUAGAAGAUGCAUAUGGGUUGAUUGUGGAGGCCAAGUUGUUAUGGCCUCUUGUUGUAUCCGUAGAUUGUGAGUAG